GAAGCAGCACAAGAAGAAACAGAAACAGAGAGAGAGAGAGAGAGAGAUAAAAAAAAACACAGAGACAGAGAGUGAUGGAAACAGCUGUAUUUAUUAUAAGAAGAAACAAGACGAAGAACUAACCUCUGGGUUUCUACUUAAAAACUCUUUUCUCAAAUCUUUCCUCUUUCUUCUUCAAAAAAAUCGACACUUUGAGUUUGAGAGCCAAAAAAAAAAAAAAAAAAAAAGGUUUCUUUUUUUUUUGUUUCGUUUCUUCAAAUUUGGUUUAGUAGCAAUGGAUUUGAUGCAAUUGGAUAAGCGUUUGGAUUCAACGGAGCAAGUAGUUGAAGAAAUCAUGAGAAUUCACAGAUCUCUACCACCAAGACCAGGAAUCGACGAAGUUGAAGCUGCCAAGGGUUUAAUUGACAACGUUGAUAAAGAAGACCAAUCUUGUUUCGAAGCCAUUGCUAAACAGAGGAAACCCUCUGAAGUUCCUGGUGAGCUUUUCAUGGUUUUGCAAGAUAUGAAGAGAGGUUUUGUUCAGUUUCGUAGCAGAGAGCAAAAGAGAGAAGCUUUGAAGCUUCUCGAUCUGGAGUCUACUCACUCUAUGUUCGAUGAUUUCAUUCAGAGAGCUUCUAAUUGCAUUGCUUCUCCUUCUUCCUCUAACGGCUCUGUUCCGUCUCGUCCUCCUCCCGCUCCGGCUCCCAAGACGGCUACGGCUACUCCGUCAAGUUUGUAUUUUUCUGAGAAAGCCCCUGUUCGCCCCAAGGAUAUGGUUUCUAGAGACGACAGCUUCAUGACCAACACUAAACCUUCUCUCUACGGCGAUGCUUUUGCAGCUCCUCGCAAACCUCAGGUUCUGGAUUCAACAUUUACCGCCGGAAAAUUCGCCGGCAACGAUGGAGAGAAGCUGAGUUUGAUUAAACUUGCUAGUUUGAUUGAGGUAUCAGCUAAGAAAGCUACUCAAGACAUUAAUCUACAGAACAAGUUAACGGAUCAAGUCGAAUGGCUUCCGGAUUCUAUUGGCAAGUUAUCGAGUCUUAUUUCGCUUGAUAUGUCUGAGAAUCACAUCGUGGUAUUGCCAAACACCAUAGGAGGGCUUACUUCAUUGACAAAGCUCGAUUUGCAUUCAAACAGAAUCGGUCAGCUUCCUGAGUCUAUAGGAGAAUUGUUGAACUUGGUUUACCUCAAUCUUGGUAGCAACCAGUUAUCAUCUCUGCCUUCAGCAUUUAGCAGAUUGGUGAAACUCGAGGAGCUUGAUUUGAGCUGUAACAACCUCCCUAUUCUCCCUGAAUCCAUUGGUUCUCUUGUGAGUCUAAAGAAGCUCGACGUUGAGACCAAUGAUAUUGAAGAGAUCCCACAUUCUAUCGGUGGGUGUUCCUCGCUGAAAGAACUCCGUGCAGAUUAUAACAAACUCAAGGCUCUUCCGGAAGCUAUUGGGAAGAUUACUACACUAGAGACUUUGUCUGUACGUUACAAUAACAUCAGGCAGUUACCUACAACGAUGUCUUCUUUAGCUAGUCUCAGAGAGCUGGAUGUGAGUUUCAAUGAGCUAGAGUCAGUGCCAGAGAGUUUGUGUUUUGCCACUACGCUUGUGAAGCUGAAUGUUGGAAACAAUUUUGGUGACAUGAUAUCGCUACCGAGAUCAAUAGGCAACCUUGAGAUGCUUGAAGAGCUUGAUAUAAGCAAUAACCAGAUCCGUGUUCUACCUGAAUCCUUUAAAAUGCUUACAAAGUUGCGUGUUUUUCGUGCUCAGGAGAAUCCAUUACAAGUUCCUCCUCGUGAUAUAGCUGAAAAGGGCCCUCAGGCUGUUGUUCAAUACAUGAAUGAUCUUGUGGAGGCGAGAAACGCAAAAUCUCAAAUGGUUAAGCCGAAGAAGAGCUGGGUGCAGAUGUGCUUCUUCUCCAAGUCCAACAAGAGAAAACAAAGCAGCAUGGAGAUCGUCUAAAACACAGCUGAUAAUGUCUCUGACCCGUAAUCAGGUAAUUCUGUUAAUGCUGUUGACAGCUCAAGUGGCAGACAAAUCCAGCUAUCUUCACACGACAAUGCAAAGAGAGAGAGAGAGAGAGAAGCAUUAAUUUGCAUUGCAACUUCCAAGUACUGUAGAUGUUUUCAUUAUUCAUUCUUUGUUUCUUUCUUCAAUAUUCACAUGUAUCAUGGUUUCAUUCAUGUCUCCACAUAUCUGCUCUUUCUUUUCCCCCGGUUAUAGCCGAAUCCAUAGAGCCCAUCCCAAAACAGAACCGAAACCAUGUCCCUCGUAGAUUGACGUGUUCUUUUAAUUCUUACCACUUUUGAUACUUUGAUGUUCAGUGUAAUCGUCUCUGGUUUUGUAUCUUUGGUUUGAAAGUUAAACGACUCUCGCACCUAAAAGUAUCUGCGACUGUGUGAGUGUGUGUAUGGAUAGAGAUGUGAUGUGAUAGCUGUGAUGCUUACUUGCUUAAGAGGAGAGACAUGAGAUGAUGAGUAGGCCAUGAACGUGGUUAUGUCUAGAGAGUUGAAAGUGGUUAAUUAAUACUCACUUGUAAUAAUGCAACUUGCGCUUUUUGUUUUGUCUAAUGUGUAUAAUCGUCACGAGA